AAUAGCAGCUUCAUACUGCUUGUGAACACUCUGUGUCUCUGUCUCUGUCUCACACCGCAGCGCGAUCGGCUGGACCAGUUCCUCGUCAGACGUCACUGCUCAGCAAAAAUGAGUCCGAAGAAUGUCAUCUUUAAGAAAGCGUGCAAAGACAAGUCGGUGACAGUAUAUAUGGGGAGACGAGAUUUUGUCGAUCAUGUUGAUUUAGUGGAUCCAGUGGACGGCGUUGUGCUGAUAGACCCCGAGCUCCUUAAAGGCAAAAAAGCGUACGUCACCCUGUCCUGUACGUUCCGUUACGGGCGAGACGACAUGGAUGUGAUGGGUAUAGCCUUCCGCAGGGACAUUUACCUCUCCACCCGGCAGAUCUACCCCCCUCUACAGGACAGGGAGCAGUGCACGUUCACCAAGGCGCAGGAGAAACUGCUACGUAAACUCGGCUACAACGCAUACCCAUUUUUCUUUGAAUUCCCUGAUAAUCUGCCCUGCUCCGUGGGUCUGCAGCCGGCUCCUAACGACGCGGGCAAGCACUGUGCUGUAGAGUUCGAGGUGAAGGCCUUCAGUGCUGAGAACCUGGACGCUAAAGUCCGCAAAAGGAGUACGGUGAGUCUGAUGAUCCGUAAGGUCCAGUACGCUCCGGAGAAAUCCGGUCCCGCGCCCUCGGUCUCUAUCACCCGUGACUUCCUCAUGUCUGACAAACCUCUGCGUGUGGAGGCGAGUCUGCAUAAGCAGACGUAUUACCACGGAGAGCCAAUCAAGGUACGGGUCAACAUCAACAAUGAGUCCAACAAGAACGUAAAGAACAUUAUCCUUUCAGUCGAUCAAAUUGCCAACGUUGUUCUGUACUCCAACGACAGCUACAUGAAGUCAGUGGCCUUGGAGGACACUGGAGACACUUUGGGCGCAGGUGGCAAAAUAGAGAAGGUGUACACGAUCCUCCCCCUGCUGGCCAAGAACAAGGAAAGGCGAGGAAUCGCGCUGGAUGGAAAAAUAAAGCAUGAAGACACCAAUCUGGCCUCGUCCAGCAUAGUUAAAGAGGGCGUCCUGAAGGAGGUCUUGGGGAUCCUGGUGUCCUACAGAGUCACAGUGAAGCUCAUCAUGGGAGGCCUGGUUGGAUCUAGUGAGAUUGGGCUGGAGUUGCCGUUCCAGCUGAUGCAUCCGAAACCUGAAACAGAAAUUAGAGAAAGUGAGAUGGAUGACGACGUGGUGUUUGAAGACUUCAAGCGCUCUUUUAUGAAGGGGAUGGCGGAGGAUGAAGAAGAAGGGAACAUCUCUGCUGGGGAACCUUGAGAAAAGUUAUCGCUUUUUUCCAAAGUGGCAAAGAAUUUUAGAGCUUUUAAGUAACAGGAAGCAGAUGAAAUAGAUAUAUAGUAGGAUUUGUGUUGUUGUAUUGCAAGAAAAGUCCAUUGUAUUUAUUAUUUUGUCAUUUAAAAAAAGUUCUUUAUUACAGUAUCAUUUAAUUAAAAUAAAAUAUCUCAGGAA